UACUGCAGCUGUUGUCCAAUCAGAAAACUCCACGAUCCGUAUUGGAGGGCCUAGUCAACGUGUGUUGUCUCCACGCAAAAUACACACUAAAGUAUCGGCUUGUUCAUUCAAUCUCGCAAACCCGGUUGGUGAUAGACGUGCACAACAUGUUAGGUUGGUCGUUGUAUGCUGUGUCGCUAGUGGCGACGGUGUCAUGCCUGUACUCCUCGUCAGAUGAUGUUGUGGAGCUAACUGCCAACAACUUCGACAGGGAGGUCAAAAACUACGAUGGAGUUGUCCUUGUGGAAUUCUAUGCUCCUUGGUGUGGACAUUGCCGCAGCUUGGCUCCAGAAUGGAAGAAGGUUGCUAAGGCUCUCAAGGGCGUUGUGAAGGUGGCUGCUGUUGAUGCUGAUGAACACAAAGGACUCGGAGGUCAAUAUGGCAUCCGGGGCUUCCCAACAAUCAAAGUCUUUGGGGCCAACAAGAACAGCCCCUCUGAUUAUAAUGGAGGUCGUGAUGCUCAGAGUAUGGUCAACGAGGCCUUGAGUCAGCUGAAGAGUAUCGUGAAUGCCCGUCUCAGUGGCAAGUCUGGUGGCGGCAGUAGUGGAGGCAGCGGUGGCAAGCCCGGGAACCCCGAUGAUGUUGUGGAACUGACAGACAGUAACUUCGAGCAGUUGGUGCUGAAAAGUGAAGACAUGUGGCUGGUGGAAUUCUUCGCCCCCUGGUGUGGACAUUGCAAGAGCCUUGCCCCUCACUGGGCUCAAGCUGCCACCUCUCUCAAGGGCAAGGUCAAGUUGGGUGCUCUGGAUGCCACAGUUCACACUGUCAUGGCUAGCAGAUAUGGAAUUCAAGGCUUCCCGACAAUCAAGUAUUUCUCAAGUGGUAAGAAGGAUGGUGCAGAUGAUUAUGAUGGAGGUCGAACAGCAUCAGACAUCAUCGCCUGGGCUACAGAAAAGGCUGCUGCCAACAUCCCUCCUCCAGAAGUGGUUCAGGUGACGAAUGCCCAGGUAUUGAAAGACAAUUGUGAGAAUCAUCAGCUGUGUGUCAUCGCUAUUCUUCCUCACAUCCUCGACUGUCAGUCCAAGUGCCGUAACGAUUACAUCUCAAUUCUCACACGACUUGGAGACAAGUACAAGAAGAAUGUUUGGGGGUGGGUGUGGGCCGAGGCUGGUGCUCAGUCCGCUAUGGAGGAAGCUUUUGGAAUCGGUGGCUUUGGAUACCCUGCGUUGGCAGCUGCAAACAGCCGCAAGAUGAAAUACUCCUGGCUCAAGGGACCAUUCAGUGAACAGGGAAUUAAUGAGUUCCUCAGGGAGCUCUCAUUUGGCCGUGGAUCCACCGCCCCCAUCAAGAAUGCUAAGCUGCCAACUAUUGUGGAUACAGAAGCUUGGGACGGAAAAGAUGGAGUGCUCCCAGUUGAAGAUGAUAUAGAUCUGAGCGAUGUAGAACUUGACGAUUUGGACAAGGAUGAAUUGUGAUGUGUCGGUCAAGGGAGACAAUCUGUGUGGGAUAUGAAAGCUGGGGAUAUGCAGCUGCUGCCAAACCUCCGAAUGGGAAAAUCCACAUCAUUCAACUAACUUUGCUCACUAAAGGAAAAACUAGAAAUUAUGAGCAGAGAAAACUGUUUCGAGAAUACAUGAAUUUGACACGUGUAAAUAUUAUCAUUAAUUUUAUGACCAUUGCUUUUGUGACGUGAAAGGAGGUUCUAUGCAGCUUAACUGAAGCCUGAUACACCAGGCUUUGUAUGGAUGAUGCGUGUGUGAAGAAUUUUAUUGAGUGUUUGAGAGUGCUUGAAUAAUUGUGACUUUGCUUGUCCAUCUCAGUUUGCUGAUUAUCUAAACAUCACAAACCUACUGUUAACAGUUUCCUUAAAUAUUUCAGUUGUUCAUUGAGAAAUGAAUCUAUUCAGCUUUUAAUUCUUCGGUGCAAUUUUAUGUUAAGCUGCUCAGUUGCGAGUUAUACAUUUGUUAUUUCUUGAUUAUGUUUGGAAUAUGAUUUUAGAUCUAUGACAGCACAAAUUUCUUACUUAAUGCACAGAUAAAAAUACUUAAGAUUGGUAACACUGUAAGUUGUUCAACACCAUGACUCCAUUUCUUGUGAGAUGAUGCCAACGCACGGUAGUGUAGUUUCAGUACAAUAAGGAUGUCGGAAAUUUAAGGGACAAUUCUUCAGAAGUUAGCAGGUUAUGUAAAUGAACUGGUAUAGAGAACAACCUCACACGCAUGGUUUGAAAUUCAGCCAUUCAAAACUAUGGUCUUGUGCUGGUUCAGAUUUAUUCAAAACAGACUUGAGGUGGACAUCACCUACUGUUUGGACCGACACCUGCCGUCAUAAGGCCAGCUGGUACAAUCUUGCUGUGAUGACUAAUUGAUUUCUCAGGGUCGACAUAGAAAAUUUAUGAUGAAUCUAGGCCUUCCAUUCUGUUUAAUACAAGCCAGUGUUUCCUAACACCCUUCACUUACCCCACACUUUCUAAAGUGCUUGAUGUACACUUACCCUGGACACCACAUCUUUUCAACAUUUGAAUAAUUACAGCAGAUUUACAUUUAUUUUGUUCAUGUACAUGUUUCAUCAAUAAUAAACCUAUUUAUAAUA